UAAUCAGAUAUCAACACUGUAGUAUUUCUGAGAAAUUAUUUUCAAAAUGUCUGGAUUCUGGAAUUUAGUUUUGAUCUUCAGCUGUAUGUUAGUACAACCUGGUAGACGCUGGGUUACUGCACAAUCCCCCACAGAGACACCAGUUAAUCAGCCUCAUAAAGAGGUCAGUGUGAAUAUCGGAGAAUCAGCUACUCUGCAGUGUUGUCUUUCUGAAAAACAACCAAGGAUGAUGGCUUGGUUUAAGCAACCAACCAGAAAAAAGCCUCAGGUUAUCUUCAAGUUCUUCUCAACUUCUGGAGAAACAUUCUAUAAUGGAUUCCAAGCAUCCCAUUUCCAAAUAGAUAGAUAUUCAAACUGCUUCAAUAUGACCAUUCUAAACACCACUCAGUCUGAUGAAGCCAUGUACUACUGUGCACUGAUAACACCUUACCUUGUAUUUGGAGACGGAACUUUUUUAAAAAUUAAAGAAACAUCUAAACCAGCUGUGAGUGAUAAUUCAAUAGUGUGUGAACCAACACCGUAUGGAAACAACACUAACAUGAGCACACAAGAAAACACAGUGAUCGGUUUGGGGACGGCUUUUGGUUUGUGCGCCCUUCUGAUUUUCUGUCUCACUUAUUUCAUACUGAGGAGAAGAAAAUCUGAUAAAAUAGAAACGUCUAUCGAAGAUUAUUCAGGAAUGAGGCAGAUUCAGGAAUCUGAAGCUGAAACAGUGAUUUAUACAGCUGUACAGUUCAACAAGAAGAAAGCAAAGGCUGAAAAAAGAAAAACUGGCUUAGCCGAGAACUGUGUCUACUCUAGUGUAAAAUAAAACUGUAUGUUUCUGUGUAACCUUAAUGAUCACAAGUUAAAGACAUUGUUUUUGAAGUGCGCCAUGUUCUACCAUUGCAUCUGCAUUGAACUUAUCUUUUUUUUUUUUUUUAAUUAAUAUUAUUAUUAUUUGUAUUCAUGUUUUUCUAGACAGCUUAGAUGAACUUUGUUUAGGAAUAUCGUCCUAUAUUUAAACUUAUAUGUGACUAUACUGGAUGAUUAAAAUGCUGUGUUGUGUUCAGUGGCCUGUUAUAUUACAUUAACAAGGAGGUUUACAGGAUAGUAUGGGUAUGAAUACUCUUUGAAUAAGUGGUUUUCUAAGAUUCUUUAUUAAAAUUGAAAUACUAGCACUUAAAUUUAAAGUUAAAAUAGGGAAAAAUAAAACGAAUUCCAGGUACUGUUUUUCUGAAUUUCUUGAACCUUAUAAUUCUUCAUACAGUUUACUCCAGAACCUAAAAAUCUAAAAACUUCAACAAUAUUUGUGCACAAAGCUACGUGUUUGUGCUUUGUGCAUCGUUAGAGCAGUUAGCCACAAGAGCAGGAAAUGAAACUUUUGUCCCUACACCUCUUGUUUACUCUCAUUCUACUCACUCAUUACCAUCAGGUCAUUUUAUCAGUCCAUCUACCACAUAGUUCACUUUGUAAGUGUAAAGUUACUCACUGUUUUACACAACUGUCUGAAAAUCUGUUAAGCUAGACUUAGUUCUGCAAAAGUAUUAUGCUAAUUUUAAUAUUUAUGCCACACUAUGUGACCUUGAAAAUCAUCCAGUGUGCAUAAAAAGUGUGCUGCAAGUAAAAGUGUGUAGGAUCAUGACUCUCCAUCACAGGACAUGAGAACACUGACCACAGAUAUGUAAUAAACUUUAUUUUCUGAAAAAUGAACCUAAUGAAUAAAUCAAAUUAGAAAAAUGUAAUCUAGGGGGCAGUCGAGACUUCAGAAUAAACACACUCUUGAGGUUUUUCUCUCUUUCUGGUCACGCUUUUGGUAUUCUUCUUACUGAAAUGUAAAGAACUGUAAUUCAGCUCCGCUGUAUCAGCACCCUGUGGGAACGAACAUACAAACAUCAUUUUAAAUCACCGAUAUCUAAACAAGUGUGAAAAUUAGAUGUUUGCUUAAAUAAUAAGAUCAUUUGGGUACAAUUUAUGAUUAAUUACCAAAUUGGUGGGUUUUUCUACCACAGAAUCUCGUUGAGGUCUCACUGUAGAGAGAUGUAUAUGAAUAUAUAUAUUUUUUGUCUUCGGUUACAUUUUAUUUUCUGUAUUUAAAAAUAAAUGAAUAUAUUUUAUAAAAAAUGUCUGACAUGUCUACAAAAUCUCUCAUGUCCAUGCUGGCCAAGGACUACACUGCUACACUGUACUCGCCUACAUGUCUGCAUACCUGACACUGUAUUCUAAUUCAACUGAAAUUUUUAUAUGAUUUAUAUUUUACAUUUUUUUUUUACACUGCCCUUUAGAUCUGGUCCACAAUCACAACAGCAUGAAAAAAAGCACAACAGAUUUCAAUAUGAAGUAAAUUUUUUGUCCCAAAAAUGCAAAUCGAUUAUCAGAAGCCAGGUGGGAAAAAACCCUCUGAAGUCAGGUGCUGAGCAAUCUUAGAAGGGUUAUAAGAGUUAUGAUCUCCAAACAAUUUAAAAUCCACCAUUCUGCAGUGAGAAAGAUGGUUUACAGCUGAAGAGCAUUCAGGACAGUUCCCAAUCGUCCCAGGAGUGGGUGACUCAGCAAAAUUUUAUGUAUAAUGACGUAUAAUAUAUAAAGAAUAGCUAAGAACUGCAUGGUGUAAAUUACAGGCUUCUAUAAGUGCAUUAAAUUUUUAGGUUCAUGACAUACAAUCAAACAAGUAUAGAUUAUAGUCUUUAAAAAAAUACUGAAGAAAAGAGAACUACUGGUAUAGAGCCUUGCA